GAGAGGCUCUGUUCAGUGGGCCAGCACUGUACGCUGGCUGGCGUGGAGGGGGUGGACUUGCUGCCGGGUGAUCGCAUUCAGAUCCUCGCUCAGUGCGGCUCGGGCUCGGCGAUCCCAGGAUUUCCGCACAGCGGCCUUGCGGAGACGAAUGAUGGCUUGAACUUCCAUUUCGGGGACAAUUCGACAACAAACAGCACAGAGAUUCUGCUGUCCGUGCCUGGGAUCUUCCGGAUGUGCUACUGCAGGACGAGUGCAGAGGACUUCUGCAGGGAUCCUGUCGAUUUCCAGGCGCGUCUGGGCCUGCUGACCGUGAAGGGCCCGUUCGUGCAGAGCACCACGUGCCAGCUUGACAACGACUGUAUCAUUGAAGUCAGAGGUGUUGAAGUGGCUGUAGAGGACCAGAUGCUGGUCACCGCCGACAGUUGUGGGCAGCCUCUGGCAAUGGAUGAGUGGGGGUUUGCAGGGCUACAGCGGCUGCUGCCUCUGAGAUCCGGGCCGGAUGGCCUCCAACUUCAGCUUGGACGCUUGCCCGCCAGUGCAACACCAGGCACUUACCGGCUGUGCUGGUGCCCAGGAGAUGCGUUUUGCACGGUGCCAGAAGACUUCAAAGCAUCAGGAGGCGAGAUACACAUGGACUGCCCAUCCGGCAUGUACGCCACAGGGCUGCCACCAACGUGCAGAGUCUGUUCCCGAGGCUACCACUGUUCAGGCGGGCCAACCGCCUCUGCAAAGCGCGUCCCUUGCGCAGAUGCAGAGACCACUCUGAUUUUGGGUGCCACUUCCAGCGAUGCUUGCGUUUGUGCGAAAGGAUAUAGCAUGUCAUCAGCAACCGGCCGGUGCAAUCCCUGCGACAUCGGCUUCUACAAGAACACAGACAGCAAUGAAGAUGCGUGCAUGCCAUGUCCUGAGAAUUACACCACGUUCACUACCGGUGCUGCUCUUCUCUCUUCCUGCGUCCUUGUGCAGCCCCCUCCAGACACAGAUGUCUCGCCAGAACUUCCAAGCAACACCAGCACUGGCACUUCGAAUUCUUCAGUCGUCAGCGCGUUGCAAUUGAAUAUGUCGGUCGCUGGCAUCACCGAUGUCCAGACGCAGGAGCAGCUCUCAGCGUUGAUCCUCGCAAUCUUGUCGGAGACGACACGGCUGGACACGAGCGUCAUUCAGCUGGACUUUGGUGGUGACGGAGUUGUUGCAGCAAGCCGAGCGAGGCGCCUCACAGGAGAUCUGGCUUGGGUCACGAUCAAAGUGAAUCGUCCCACUUUGGAGGAGGCAUCUGCACUUGCCUCAGAGUUGGACGUCAACGCGCUGCUCGACGAUGUAACUUCAGCCAUCCAGGACAAUCCUGCGCUGGCUUCCAUCCAGGUGAGUGUUUCCGAGCCUGAGGUGGUGCCGGUGGUGAUCUCAUGUGAUCGCUACCGCUCGGUACCCCCAGGAUCCGUAGCUUUGACAAAAGGCGACUGUCAGUGCAGCAUGGGCUAUGGCUACGACGAAGCAUCGCUGGCCUGCGAGCCAUGUGGACACGGAUCUUACAAGCCCACUACAGGCGAUCGCUUGUGUACACCAUGCCCCGCAUCAACAUCUACCUUGGCCAUUGGCGCAACAUCUUUCCAAGAAUGCCGCUGUCAAGUUGGUCUCUAUGCAGAAGCCGGAGAAUGCCGAGCAUGCCGACCCGGCUUUUACUGUCCAGGCACCGGAGCAGCUGUCGAAUGUCCGCCCAAUUCCUUUGCGGACGCCGGUGCGUGGCAAGAGCUUGACUGCGAGUGCAUCGCGGGUUACUACAUGUCCGGGAGUGGCACCUGCACGCCUUGUCGACCGCAAAGCUACAAGCCGGUUCGGGGUAACGAGGAGUGUGUGCUCAAGUGCCCCAACAAUGCCAACAGCACGCCGGCAGCUUCUGUGUUGGAGGACUGCUUCUGCCUGCCUGGAUACCACGCUCGUUUUGACGAACAAGGGCAGCUUUUCCGUUGCGCCAGCUGCGAAUCCUACGAAGGGUUGACUUGCUACGGCGGCUUUGUGGAAAACACUACGGCAGACGGAAUCCAUACUCAGCCUGUCGCAGACCCAGGCUUCUUCCAGACGGGGGAGCUGGUGGCGGUGCGGUGCGAAGUAGAGACGGAUGCUGGUUCCACUUGUUUGGGCGCCAGCAUUUGCGAGAAUGGGUCCACCCCGUGUGUUGGGCAUUACAUCAAUCAGUGCACAACUGGCUCCGCAGGCAUGCUCUGCGGCGAGUGCUCAGAGGAUUGGGCCAGAACGGCAUACGGAGAGAUGUGCCAACCAUGUGUAUCAGGUGUUGGAGGCAUGGUUGGAAGCAUCCUGGGCGAUGUCUUGCAGAAAGUUCUUGUGAACUUUGUCUUGGCUCUGUUGGCGGCACGGGCUGCCGUGAACAAAGACAGUGGACUAUACACCACCGUCAUCCGCAUCGGCACGCAGUGGAUGGUGGCAUUAUCUGUCAUCACGAAUUUCAAGAUUGAGCAUCUACCGGUCUUCGCUUGGUCGGUGGCUGUGGUGCAAGGCUGCGACCGCGGCGCGUUCGAGUGUGACGAGGCCCAAAUUCGAUUCCCGUGGCCGUCGGAGGUCACCGCUUUCCUUCAAGAGUUCUUCGGCAUCCGCUUGGUUCCUCAAUGGAUUUCAGUGCACUUUGCGACCAGCUGUCGUGCCACGGAGUUGUACCCCGGAGAUCGCGUGGCCAAGAUGAUGGCGCCAGGACUCUACUAUGUCCUUUCGCCGUUUGCGGCCUUGUUGGGCGUGUCGAUGUUCUGCAUUUUCCUGGUUUACGCAGUGGUGCCCCUGGCAAACAGCCUUGGUGUGGAAUUCAAUCCAGAUGGGAGUGAAAGGAGAGCCAGGGUGAAGGCGAAGAGGAAGCUGAAGGCCGCUAUGGAUCCGAUGCUCGAGGAGGGCAUCGAGGGCCCAGGCUUUGCAGGCCUCAAGGGCCUCACAUGGGAGGACGUCGAGGACACCGGGAUGCUGGACGAGCUCAGCAUCUUUCAGCUCCAACAUGCACGUUAUUACACUCAAGAUUUCCUGGAGAAAAGCAUGUCAAAGUCCGAGACUUGGAUCAGGAAAAUUGCCUUGUUGCAGACGAUGCAGGACCCGAAAUUCCAGGACUUCUGUGAUGGCUUUGACAUGGGCCUUGCGGAUCUUGAUGCCAAGGUCUUGGGUCCGCUUUUGGUCUCCAACAAUCACAAGUCCGUGGACUCCAAAAGGGUCGCGGCCAUGGCUUUCGCCUGGAAGAUCAUUCAAGAUCACCACCCGCACGUCGACCAAGACGGGAUCGAUUUGAUGGAUGUGGCAGUCGCCCUUGCAGAAGCCCACCGUGCUGACCCGGAGCUGCUUCGCAUGACAGCGAGUGAUCCAGCUCUUCUGUUGGAGGCCGUCAACGCUGCUUGCGCAGAUGCUGCGGAGAAGGUCGCGGCACUGACAGUUGUUGAGGACGCUGUGGAAGCCACCGCCAAAGACGAUCAUACGGCUGAACUGCCAAGAGGUAUGAGUCAAAUUGAUGCGGCGACCCUGAAUUUCGGUCUCUUCACCUCUUUUCCUCGACCAAGAGAACUCCUGCGACAGAGCAUGCCAGUUGUAUGGCUUACGCUGACCGGGAUAUGGCCAGAGUUGCUGAAAGAGUACUUGCAGCUCAUCUGGUGCUCGCCAGUGGCAGAAGGCAGUGGAGAGGUGGUGCAACGCUUAGUCCAGCAUCCGGACAUUGUAUGCUGGUCGUUCGACCAUGCUCCACUGGCCCUGAUCGCUUUGGCUGGGUUGCUGGUGUGGUGUGCUGGGAUUCCCAUAGCCUUGUUUCUGACUGUUUGGCGAACCCCAGACCGGCAAAGCCAAGAGAACCACAGAAACUACGGUUACUUCAUCGAAGGUUUGGAGCCAUCCUUCUGGUGGUGGGACAUUGUUGUGAAGCGACUCGACAUUGGCUUGAUGCUAGUGGUGGCUUACACAUCAUUGGCGCCAGACGACCGUGCCAAGCUGUUGCUGUUUCCCCUCAUUUCUGCUGUUCAACUCAGCAUUACAUGUUGGUUCAAGCCCUUCUCCAACGAUCAAUCCGAGUUGUUGGAUUUUCUGGAGAUGCUGCUCUUGUCGUCUCGCUUCAUUUUCUUUGCAUCGGUGGCAGUUCUUCUUCUGCUCAACCCCGACGCGGACACAACACAGCUUAUGGCAGGCCUGCUCACGGGUGUGAUCCUCACAGUUUUCUUUUACUUUUCAGUGCACGCAGUCGUGCAAUUACUCCGCGAGCUCUCUCACGAACUGGGUGAGGAGGACCAGGUGGAAAAGCCGGAGAAACCGUCGAACAAGCGCGUGAAGCACGACCUUGCUCAUGUCAUGUGGACGCUGAAGAAGCUGUUGAGUGCUAGCAAGCGCUUUGUGGUGAACCGCAUCUUCCCCUUGCUCCAACAAGAUGAUGACGAGCACUUCAUGGUGCAAUGGUCAUGCUUCGAUGACAAGGUGGUCUUCAAGUCGCAGCUCUCCUCGAAACGCCGCAGACCUAAUCCCAGAUGCCCGUCCAUGUGGCGCUGUUGGAAGCGCCUGCGUGCCGUGAUCUUGCGCUUCGGCAGCUCCUACCAAGAACGGAUGAUGGCAGGGGCAUUUGAAGGAUUUGUGCAGCUGUGGGUCAGGCAGUUUCAACAGCGAGAGCUUCCGCCGGUGCAGACGGUUCUGUGUGUGUUGGCUAGCACCAGGGCUGGCGUGCCGGAAAGGACCAAGCCAGAAGCUUUGGCAUCCAUUUGGAUCCGGGAGGUCGAGCGCUUUUGCGAUCUGUCCGACCAAUCCGGUCCGCAAGGACACGCGCACUUUGCUCUCGACGAGUUUGGAAGAGCGAUACGAAGGCUUGGCAUGCUGCCGGCGGCGGAUGCAGUCGAACUCGUUCAGGAGGUAUGCCAGCUCGUGGAACAGACACGGGCAUCAAAGACCAGUGAUGAUGCGGGCGGGGCAAAUAGCAUUGCGCCCAGCAUUGAACAUGUGACAGACGGCGAUGUCUGUCUUCAAGAUCUGGUGGAGCGGUAUUUUUAG